AUGGGAGAAAAGUCUUAUGUGAAGCUUACGAAGGAGCAAGAAGCAUCGCUACAAGAUGUCACACCCGGGGAGCUCAAUCAACCAAUUGACAUUCAUGAGUUGCAAGCUCGUAGAUGCCCAGAAUGUGGGCAAGCCCUACCAUCAACAUAUGAGCCACCUGCCGAUGAAGAUUGGUCUACGGGAAUAUUUAGUUGUGCCGAUGAUUCCGAAAGUUGCGUGACGGGGUUGUUUUGUCCAUGUAUGUUGUUUGGGCGCAACGUAGAGAGCCUCAAUGAAGAGAUUCCCGCAAACAAUGCAUGUAUGUGUCAUGCGUUAUGUGUAGAAGGUGGCAUGGUUUUAGCGACAGUUAUUGCAUUGGUCCCGGGAAUAGAUCCAAGUACGUCGUGUCUCAUUACUGAGGGCCUUCUCUUCGCUUGGUGGAUGUGUGGUAUUUAUACUGGCAUGGCACGACAGUCACUUCAACGUAAAUAUCACCUAAGGGAUUCUCCUUGUGACCCUUGUGGGGUACAUUGUUGUUUGCAUUGGUGUGCGUUAUGUCAAGAGCACCGUGAGAUGAAGUUGCAUUUAGCUGAGAAUGUCGAAGAGACACUUAUGAGUCCACCUCGCAUUCAAGAAAUGAAAACCAUUCAGGAAGAAAACACAAAAGACGUUGAGUCUGCUUCUUCAUCUUCAUCCUAUUCCUCCUCCACUCGACAAGAAAGUGAAGAUAGUAAGAAUACGGAGCUUCAAGUUGUGGAAAGUUGAGUAUUUCACAUUGAGAAAUAGAAAAAAAAAAGAAUGAAACAUUAAUGAUUUUGUUUACUUAAUUGUAAUAGAAAAGGAUGAGUUAUUUAUAUAGUGUUGAGAAAAAUAAUGUAAUUUUUAUAAAA